UUUUUGAUCAGCGAACCAGCGAAUCAGCGAACCAGCGAAUCUGCUGCCUCGUAGGUUGAAAAAUCGUAACAACUUUUUGUGAGAAUCCAGUGACGUAAAUCAGCUCAAACCAACUACAACCACAACCACGAUUCAUCAGCCCAUUACCAUGGAAAAGCAUCUAUUUUUAAGCCAUAAAAACAACAUGGCUAUACAUACCAACGCUAAGAAAUCACCACCCUUGUUCCAUAACAAAGAAAAUCACAUUUUUAAACACAAGCAAAAAAAACCCACUGCAUUUACCAAAAUAAAACCACAAAUAUCAUCCAGAUUUAAUUAUCUCCAUAAAGGUGACUGCAACUUUCGACGUGUUAUCUUUAAAAAUUGGUGUGAGAAAUCAAUUCAGGUUCAUACUGUAUCCAAAACAAAAUCUAAUAACCUCCUCAAAAGAAAAUACGCAUUUUCAAAUGUUUUUCCAGUUCCUAAGAAAUCAAAAAGAAAUCGUGUAAAUAUCAAAUUCUCUGAAAUUCUUUUUUCUUCAAAAAUUCUCAGCAUACCUGGCAAUCAGAUUUUUUUUUUAUCCGAAGUUAAAAGUUUCAAUACACACAUUUUUUCUGAGAUAUUGACAGCAGCUGAAGUGAAACAACUCAAUACUUGUAGAAUAGAAGAGCAGAAAGAAAUGAAGCUUAAGGAUGAAUGUAAACCGAUUCAUCGACAGAAUAACAAGGAUGAGAAAUUUUAUCAUUUAAUAAUUGAUGAAAUGCAGAAAAAAAUUUCAAGUGUUGAUCCAAACAGAUUUUUUCCAUUUCUGAAAGAAUACCUUCAGAGUAAUGAACAAAAGCAGUAUGCAUUUGCUAUUGUUGUCAUGAAACAUAGUAAAAAUAUCAUUGUUUCUCCAGCAUUUCAGCCAGAUUAUGAAAAAAGGGAAAAUCCUGGAAAAAUAAAGCACAGCGAGCCUCGUUUAUGUGAAGCUUUUGAACCUUUUUUGCAACAGAAUGGAAAUUUAGUGGAGACUAUUCUGAUUUAUACAUUCAAUAGUCCUUGUUUAGGCUGUUCGUGUCUACUUCUUGGAAAAGCUUAUCUCUGGCGCUAUAAAUAUGGAUUUUCCACAACUGUAGCAUUCACACAAUUUUAUAAACAAAAUUGUUUCCAAACUCCCACCUGCUCAUCUACCAACAUGUUAAGUCCAUGCGGUGUGUUUUAUGAAGACAGUCAAAGAUGGAAGCGUGAUCACUUCAAACUGAAGUCUUUCACAGUCAACACUGAAAUCUUCCAAAAUAUCAGGAAACUUAGUGAAAAAGAAGAAAAAGAGAGCUGCCGUAAGAAAAUUGAAUCUUAUGUGUCUGAGCUGAAAACACUGGCAAAAAAUUCCUUUUGUUCACGUGAAACACAUUUACAACGUGGUGAAAACACAAUUUAUUCUUUCGUAUUUCCACCAAUGAUCCAAAACGCAUGUAGAGACAGUCUUUUAAGGGACUGGUCAGCACUGGUGAACGACAGUGCCAUGUCUAUGAUAUGCUGUAGUCAAAAUACUCCCAAGGUAUUUGAAAUUACUGUGGCAAAAAUUAGAGAAAAAAUGGCCAUGAAUUGCACUAAUCCCACAGUUGACCUUAUUUACCAAAAUCAUAUCUCCUCUUGUGAGACCAACAGUCCUUUAAAUCUUUACCAUCUUCAAAAUAAACCAUAAUUAAACAGAAAUUAAUAUUAUUUUUGAUUAAUAAUAGAAAAACAAUUUUUAGUAAUUAAUUAAUAAUAUAAUAAUUAACCCUAAAACACUAUCAUUAUAAAUAGUAACACCAUCACUAACGCCGGGUGAUUUUUACCCAAUAUAAUAUACCCAACAAGAAGUAAUUGGCAUCAAAAUAUAUCAAAAAAUGACAACACAUGAUCAAUUAGAGUGGCCAUCUUUUAUUUCCAACUGUGCCAUGUCAAACAAAAUGGAAAAAGAAGUGUCAUGGGUGGACCCUAAAAAAAUGCUCCAACAUUACUGAAAAAUUAUGAAUUCGAGAACAAAAAAUUCCUUAACAAAAAAAUAAUGAAUGGAAAACUUGAAACUUCUCUGGUGAAGGCACAGUCUCCUCGACAAGUGAACAGAAAAUGAAAAUGAAAUGAAAAUCACACAUGCCUGUAAAAAAAAAAAAAAAAAAAAAAAAAAAAAAAAAAAAAAAAAA